CAUUUGAAUAUCUAAAUUAGAUUUAAAGGAAUGUUUCAGGUCAAAUACAAGUUAAGCUCUGUUUCCUCACACCUGCAUUUAUGACCAACUCAGUAAAAUUGGCUACAUGCCUCAGCUGUUCAUGACUCACAGUCUAGUCAUUUCACCCACAUGCCUGUUAGCUCCUACAUCUCCCAUCAUGCCUUGGGAUGCAAUGUUGCUGUAGAAUAGCAUCAGUAGUGCUGCUGUGCUCAGACUGACUAGUGAUCGAUCACACUUGUAAGGCAGAGAAGGAACAGAAAACAGGGAGUGAGACGAGAGAAGGAAAGGCUGCGAAGGAUUCUUUGCGGCAGCAGUCAGAUGAGGGUCUCCACGCUCAGAUGAAUUCUGUGAUCGGUGCUCUCCAGGAGCUCAAACUCUUGCAGGUCCAAACUGCGCUGGAGAUAAAUCACAGUUCAAGAAAAACCCACCUGGACCGAACACUGAAUCCAGAAGAAAUUCUUUCACAAGAAUGUUUCAAGACUGAGCUUACCAUGGAAACAUCUUUGUUCCUCACUAGCUCUCCAGCAGAGACCCGCCAAAUUCCAAGGUUAUACGAACCCAGGAAGGUUCACAGAGGAAGUCUAAGCACUUCUUCCUCUUUUUCCUCUCACGAAGACACAACCGACAGCCAUUUCUCCGCUUACGAUUUUGACGACUCCAGCGAUUGGACAGCCUCACUGAUGAACCACAGCAGAAACAGACAGCCAUUGGUGUUGGGAGACAAUGUUUUCGCUGAUUUGGUCGGGAAUUGGCUGGAUCUGCCGGAUGUUGGAGGCCAGACUGUAGGUGAGGAGCAGAAUGACUCGAGUCUCAAAGACACACUUUUGGAGUCAUCAUCUAGCAGUCACUCUCAAGAUCUUUCCAGGAAAACCUCACUAACCACUAGCAUGUUUAAACGGGUCCUACGGCGCGUUCGACCACGGCACCACCAUGAAAGCGAAGGGAUGGACGUCUGUAAACAACCAAAGAUCACAUACAGAAAGCCAAAAUCAGAUGUCGGCAAGCCAUUCUGGGGGAGAACAAGAGGACUGAAGAAGAAAACCACGCCCACUCAGCAAGAGGGUGUGGCCUAUCAGGGCUCAGAGAGUUUGAUAGACAGAGGAUGGGCGGAGAUUGAGAAGCAUCCAGUGUAUGAUUACAGCUCAGCUAUGUGGGUUUAAAUGACUCAUAUAAUUCUGGAUGGAAGAGAAUUACACACUUAAACACACAGUCACAAAAAAGACUUUAUGAUCAUAAUUGUUGUAAAAGCAAAACAUUGUGUUCUACAUGUUGCC